AUGACUCUAACAUUUAGUGUUGUGGCUACCGAUGGUGAUGCAAGGUUGUCAACUCUAAAGAGUGAGCAACAACAGCAUGAUCCAACUAUAGCACCAGUGUCAAGAUCAAUAGACACACCUACAUUCAUGUUCUACACAAAGCAAGGCAGUGUCGAUAACAUCACCAAGGACUUGCUAAACUCUUUGCCUCACCAAAGGGUUCAUACCCUUCAAAUGUUAUACUCUGAUCUUGUACAGUUCAUUGACGUACUAGACAAGUACCAGAAGGGUGUACAUCAGUUCCUCAGUGUCAAUGAGCACAUGGUGUUUGUAUCACUAAGAGACUCUGCCUCCUAUCAAGAGACUACAUUCAACGAACAAGGCUUCAGUAUUCUUGCACGCAAAGGUAACAAGAAGAUGGGUAACGCCGAGUACUACAACUCUCUCAAGAUUAUCAAGCCAGAUAUGGUGUCGUCAUUGUGCUUUGAUAUACCUUGGGACUCGUCGACCAAGAAGCUCAAGAAGCAACUUGCUCUCUGUUCAUCCUCCGUGGAUACAGUGCUCAAGGAUACGUCAUUCGACAACUCAACAGUGAUUGCUGCUGUGGUGGGCAGCAAGGCAGAGAAUUCCGCAAUGGAGGUCAAUAAGGUUACGGCCACAAAGGACGUAGGAGGAUUCAUUCUCAGCAACUUUGGCACCAACGAAUCACUGAAGGAGAGAGAGGAUCAGAUUCCAAAGCUGUUGGCAUUGCUGCCAGCAUCAAAACCAAGACUUAUCACUGGGCUGGGCAGUCCAGAGGAGGUGGUGUAUCUGAUCGAACAAGGAAUUGACAUCAUCAACACCUCCUAUCCAUUCUCCAUCACUGAAUGGGGACACGCUCUUACUUUUGAAUACAAGUAUGACCGAAUUAAGCAGCAGCAGCAAGCGACAUCACUCAACAAGAUCAAUCUUUGGGAUGCCAAACAUGUCGUUGACACAACACCAAUUGUUGCUGGAUGUCAAUGUUUCACUUGUAUCAAUCAUACCAAGGCCUACAUUCACCAUCUAUUGAACACACACGAGAUGCUCUCCCAGGUUCUGUUGACAAUACAUAACAUUUCUCAUUACCUUGCAUUCUUUGCAGAGAUUAGGUCAGUCAUCAAGCAAGGUCAAUUUAAGGAGUACAAGACUCUAUUCCUGGCACAAAGAUCAAAGGAGAGAGACAACGAAUGA